AUGUUAAGGGUCAUUUUACGCUUGGACCACUUUGCUUACGAUAUUUUGAAUUUGUAUAACAAGUUUCCAGAGGAAAGGUUUGUUGGAAGAUUUGAAUUUCUUAAUGAGAUGGUACUGAUCCGUGACUUGGACCUGGCGAAACAGAUAACAGUAAAAGAUUUUGAACACUUCCUCGAUCACCGUUCCAUUUUUGGCGAGAGCAACUCCUUCUUUUCUAGAAAUCUAUUCUCUUUAAAAGGUCAAGAAUGGAAGGACAUGCGUUCAACUCUCAGUCCGGCGUUCACCAGUUCAAAGAUACGUGUUAUGAUACCCUUCAUGGUAGAAGUUGGAGAUCAGAUGAUUGCAAUGCUUAAGGAGAAACUGAAGGAAUCAAAAACGGGCUAUAUAACUGUUGACUGCAAAGAUCUAACAACCCGUUACGCCAAUGACGUGAUAGCUUCUUGCGCUUUCGGUCUGAAAGUCGAUUCGCAUACGAACGUUGACAAUCAGUUCUAUGCACGAGGGAAGGAGUCUUCAAACUUCGGCUUUCGUCAAAUGCUGAUGUUUUUCUUAAUGAUUAACAUGCCUAAAGUAGCUAAAUUCCUGAGAUGGGAUUUCUUGUCACAAAGAUCCAAAGAUUUUUUCAGUGAUUUGGUAUUGGACACAAUGAAAGACCGUGAAUUAAAACAUAUCAUUAGGCCCGACAUGAUACAUUUGCUCAUGGAAGCUAAAAAAGGAAAACUAACACACGAGACGGCUAAAUCUGAUGACGAGGCUGCAGGGUUUGCAACAGUAGAAGAAUCUGCAGUCGGUUCCAAGACAACUAAUAGAGUCUGGACAGACGAUGAUCUAAUUGCUCAAGCAGUGCUGUUUUUCGUCGCUGGUUUUGAAACCGCAUCUUCUGGAAUGAGCUUUCUUCUAUACGAGCUGGCUAGUAAUCCUGAUGUACAAGAUCGAUUGGCAAAAGAAAUAAGAGAUCAUCACCAUAAAAAUGGUGGAAAAUUUGACCUGAAUUCGAUGCAGAAUAUGACGUAUCUUGAUAUGGUCACGUCAGAACUAUUAAGGCUGUGGCCGCCAGGCAUCGCUCUAGACAGACAAUGCACUAAAGAUUACAACUUGGGUAGACCUAACAAGAAUGCUGAUAAAGAUUUUAUUAUUCGAAAAGGAACAGGAGUCCAGAUUCCGGCAAUCGCCUUCCACCGUGAUCCACAGUACUUCCCUAACCCUGACAGGUUUGAUCCUGAGCGCUUUUCUGAGGAGAACAAGCAUAAUAUUCAUCCAUUCGCCUACAUGCCUUUUGGGGUUGGACCAAGAAACUGUAUCGGUUCGAGAUUUGCUCUCUGUGAGAUAAAAGCUAUCACGUACCAAAUCCUGCUCCAUAUGGAGCUAUCACCCGCUGAGACCUCGUGCUUGCCAAUUAAGCUCUCUACUGAGUCGUUCAACUUAAGAAUUCAAGGUGGACACGACCUUAGAUUUAGACUUAGACCCUGA